GUUAACUAGCGCCGCAGCCACAGGUGCCAGUUGAGGAGAUACGCUGUUCCCUCCGGUCCGGCAGCAGCGGGCCUAUGAAAAACAACCGAACCACGUUAUAGACCUUCGACUGGCCCAAUACAACUGGUGCCAGAUACAACUAAGCGCCGAAGUAUAGCGGAAGACAACUCGGCCUAAUACGAGAAGGAUCUGUGUUCUCCACAGGAACAAUAACAAAAAAAACUGUUUGGAUACUGCGGAACUGAGGUACCGGAAGGACGGAGAACAGACAAGUUACGCUUAGUAUUAACUUUACUUCUUCGUGGUUGCUACUAAUGUGAGAAAUUGUGCAACAGACGAUCGAGUUAAAAAGUAAUGUCACGUAACUUAUAAAAAACACAACUACACUUGUUGAUCCAGGUUAGCAAAUGUCCUGCGAUUACAGACAAAAUCGAACAGUGUGAGCAUGUACACUCUAUCUGGACCUGCAAAGUGCUGAAGCGCAUGGAGUAGUGAAUAUUAAACGAUGAUUUAAAGUGUACCAAGCCAUAGCCGAUGCAAAUGUUGGUUCCAUCGAUUUCGAUAUUGUGCCGUGAACUGGGUUUUAGUUUCAAGCUCGACGCGAAACAUUCGAGCGAAAUAAGUGCAAUUUAAAUUUAGAUGAAACUGCAGAACGUAGGUUGGAGUCAUAUGAUUAACGAGAGUCUGAAUUAAUCUGGCUAAAACUCUCACCCUCCAUUGCGAAACGCAACACAAAGUUACUGUGACCACAUCGAAUAGUUCCGUUUCGGCCAUAAUGGAUCUAAGUUGUUCGACAGUGAAUAAGGAGGACUCAAAAUCCCCUUCACCUAGAAGUCCACCCCCAAAAGAAAUCUCCGAACGUGAAACAUCGUCCGAGGAACGACCAUCUGGAAAGCUAAAAAGCAUCUUCUCAGUGGAUUCUAUUUUGGCCCGUAAGUCCGAGUCAUCACCAAUUGAGUGCACGCUAAACAACCUCGACCCUCCAAGAUCCAGUUCUCCACUGUCUGCCCGCUCAGGCCAUUCUCACCCUCCCUCUUCGCCCGAGAUUCAUGUCGACGAUGACGGUGAUGAUCUCAGCAGUACACCGAGCCCUGCACCGACACCUCCAACCUCUAAUCCCUUCCUAGCUACUCAUGUUUACCCAUUACUGCCAGGCGUGUCGGGUCUGCAUAACGUACAAGCCCUGGCCGGCCUCCCUUCGACAAUGUGCGCAGGGGUUAGUGGCAUGCCGAACGUGACGUCUGUCGGCGCUACCGCACUACUUCCAACGGCAACACAGAGUCUCAGCGCGGGCUGGAUUACCUCGCCAUUCGCCAGUCAACUGCUGACAGGUAGCGCUGUGCUCAAUCAGUUGCGAUUGCAGGCAUUUAGCCAAGGCGGUCCAACAGGACCUGUUCGUUGUCAACUUCGUCGGCACAAAUCCAACCGAAAACCUCGUACUCCAUUUACAACGCAACAACUUUUAACGCUGGAGAGGAAGUUUCGCGCCAAGCAAUACCUGUCUAUCGCGGAACGAGCAGAGUUUGCUAAUGAACUUAAAUUGACAGAAACCCAGGUAAAGAUCUGGUUCCAAAAUCGACGUGCCAAAGAAAAACGCCUCAAAGAGGCCGAGGACGAAAAGAGACGGAUGUCCCUCAGGCAGCAAGCACCCCAAGGAGCGCAACAUUUAGCUGAACAGUUACUACCAUUGACGUUGCAACUUCAAGGUUCUACAACACCGCAUUCGAACACAGCCAGUCCUAAUUUGCCGAACAAUUUCGCCCAGUGGAGCACCUCUUCCCUCCUUCCAAAGGAGGAGAAACCUACUGUAUCAUAGAUAGAUGAUAAACACAAAUCAAGCAACUAGGGUAAAGUAGUUGGGAUUUGAUUUUAGCCUAUUUAUCUCGUAAAGUAAGCUUGUGCAUCUAAGAAACACCUGCAACCUCCACAAAAAGCACCAAACACCUGUACGUUGCACGGAUCACAAAAAACAUUGAAGCUGGGCUCAUUGUUAACCGGCAUAUUUUUUUUUUGUAAAUUAUCCUUAGACGUAAAUUGGUUUGCUCCGAACUUAUCUUUGCUUCUGUUGGGCAAAGCGCACACGAUUAAUAUUAACUUGUAUGCAAUAACAUCGAUUCAUGUGUACCCCAUAUAUUUGAUUUACGCAUGACGUUUUUGAAUUCGGAGGAUAGAUACCGUCCUGAGGUAUGCUAGGGAUAUAUGGUUAAUGGA